CAGCCACUGUGAUUGGCCAGCAGGAGCCGAGCUGCAGAGAGAGAGAAGAACACAGAGAGAAAGGGAAGAAGCAGUCAGAUGAAGACAGCUCUGUUCUUUACAUGUACCGCUCUCUCUCUCUUUCAUUCAUUCUCCUCUGUCUCGCUCGUCCCGCUUUGUGCUGCUCCUGCUGCAGUUUGCUCGCCCAUGAUUAUUUCUCAUUCCUGAGGAGAGAGGGGUUUAAUGCGAUGGACCUGCUUCCCACCGACUGCUGCUGCUGCUGUUUACACCGCAGCAUCAUGGGAGCUGUAGUUUCCUCAGCAGCACAGGAGGACAGCUGAUUAGCCAGGGAUUGUGGGUUUUCAGAGUUUGGAGAUGUGAGCUGGUGGGCGGACGAGGCUCAACAAACUCUCUCUCUCUCUCUCUUUCUUUCUAUUCUCUCGCUGUCUUUCGUUCUCAUGCUUUUGAACCCUCUUCUGCCCUUUUCCUUCCUCUCCUCUGCAGUUUCUUUCAUCUGAUCUCUCCAUCUUAUUCCUUUUCUUUUCCUGUCAUACUCAUCAUUUUCCCACCAUUUUCUGCUCUCUGCUCCUCCUAACUCUGACCUGUCCGAGGGCAAAGGCAGAAUGGGUUGCCGUCUCACUCGGACCAAGGCUAAAACUCGUGAACCUGCUCACCACCGACACCGAGAGGAGCUUCACUACGUGGACGAGUAUGGCCAGCCGGUCGCUGUGCAGGUCGAAGCUAAAAGGGGGCAUGGUCACAGGAGGCGAAGGUCCCAUUGUGCAAUUGAGUGCAGCGUCCCCACCGAGAGACACUGGGAGGCCCUGAGAGCCAUGGGGCUGAUGGAGGGAGAGGAAAGUCAGGGAGACGGCUACACUGCAGGGCCUUAUUAUGGUCACAUGACUGUGUCACCUGACCUAUACUCUCCCAAUGGUCACAUGAUGAUGCCACCUGAUGCCUACCCGCCCAAUGGAUACCUCCCCAGAUCAUCAAAUGACCAGCACCCAGGCAACAACUACCUGCCCAGUGUGUCCUACAGCUUAGACCACCUGGACAGACUGGACUACCGGGGCCAAGAAAUGUUGCACUACCAGCCUAACUCUGAGAGCUGUCUGAUUGGCUGUUACGGUGCAGAAGAGGUGGACCCGAAAAUUUUUCCCAGACAGUCGGACUAUCGUCAGCCCUGGAGGUCUGAACGUCCUCUUGGCUACCUUCCCCUCAGUGAGCUUGACAGCGGGUUAGGCUGUGGCCCCGACAGCCCACACAACCGGAUAGCGCUCUCCGAAGCUGAGACAGAUGCCAUGUCAUCACUGCCUGGCCACACCCCUUCCUCUCAAGGAUCCUCCUCUUCCUCCGAGUCCCUAAUCUCCUCCGAACCCAGCGACUCGGGCUUCCACAGUGUCAGCACUGGGGAGCACAGACGGCUACACAAGAUUCACGGAGGCCACACUCACCGGCAAGCUCACCAUCUUCGUUCAGGCCACUCCCCUCGUGAGCAGAGAGGACGCUGGGAUUUGGAGUCGAUUCCUGAGACGACUCCGAUGACCCAACCUGGAGUACCAAAAGCAUCCCAUUGCUCUGUGGGUAACAGCACGACCACAACAGUUCACUUCCACAGAGCUGAGAGGAGUCCCACUUUACCUCGUCACCGUUCACCACCCUCACCCUCUAUCGGUUGUCGUACAGAGCCUUGUCAGCGGAGGGCGCUAUGGUUGGAGCAGCAGCAGCACAGAGGAGGCGGGACUGUAGAGGGUCCAGGUAGGAGUCGAACAAUAACAGAUUUGAGUGAAGGACAGCGACGGCGCAGGGCGAGCCAUCCCAACAUGACAGAUCCAAACACAGCCCAGACAAACCAGCCAGACACAACCAGCAAUGCACUGGGGCCCAGGAGCAGGGCCAGCUAUCCCAACAACUGUCACCCUGCUAGUCAUCUGAGCAUAGACAAAACGAGUCUGACCAAUCAUCAGAACACAAUGAGAAACAGCCCGGGCUCGAACCGCAGCAGGGAGGAGGACUCGCUCUCUAAGAGCCCUGGAUCCGGCUCCAGUGGCAUGUCAGACUGGCGUGGCAUUCAGACCCUCGGGAACCGCCCUGGCAGGCCAAAGGGCACGUGCAGUCCUUUCUACAGCACUCUUGGAGCUCCGCAACGUAGUCCUCGCUCUCCACCCUCACCUCGCUCCAGACUGUCCAAUCAGAGGUCAGUCAGGAAUCAGCUGCUCAGGGCCCGAGCAUACCGUCUGGCCAGGGAACGCAGUGAGGUCACCACAGACGAGGAGGUGCGAGGAGAAGGAGGCAGACUAGGGGAGGAGGAAGGAGACGAUGGACGGUUGGCGGGGCGAUACUGGAGCCGGACGGAAAGAAGACGCCACCUGGCGCUGUCACGCCAACACCGAGAGAGGAGGGGAGGUGGGGAGGAGCAAACUGGGGGCAUUCAGGGGUCACUGUCAUCUCAGACGGUGCUGGAACUGAGCCACAUGAAGCAGAACCGACUGAGGAACAGCAAGCUGCUCGAUGAUUGGACAACGGUGGAGGAGCUGUUGACUCACGGGACUCGAGUGGAGAGCGACAGCCAGCUUUGUCCCAGCCCACUGCUGUCGGUCACUACUGUCUGAUGGGAACGCAUUACGUCAUCGUUUACUGAUCACACUGAACAAAACUUCCAAGAUCACUCAGACCCAGAUUCAUUAAAUGUGUGUGUUGGAAACAGCAAACUUCAUGGUCACUCACGCCUCAGUUACACAUAGAAAUCACAUUUUAAAUAUAUUUCAAAACAAAACUUUGUGUAUUGGGACACAAUUUGCAAGAUUUGCCAACAUAAAUCUCACUGAAUAUCCUUUUAAGUCCUCAUAAAGAGAAAAAUUAAGACAAAAGUUUACACCUUUCAGUAAUCAGUUCUCCAAGGUACGCUGCCAUUCAAAGAAAUAUAUAACUCUGAACGUUAGAUUACAAAUCCAUAUAUCUGGGAUUAAAAUACCAAGAAUUAUAUACGUUUUUUCGGGAAGAUUACCUUCCUCUCUUUGCUCCAUUCAUGUUUUUUAAAGGUUUAAUGGCCACGAUACACUGUCAUAAUAUUUCAUAAAUUCUACUAUAGCUACUCUAGUCUGAAAGAACCGUAGAAGACAAGCUGAUGUUAACUUGCAGGGACUAAAGUUUGAACAUUUCCGUCACACCGAGUACAGACGUAAAGGAAAAAACUUCUGAGCUAAAAUUCUACUCAGACAUCCAAAUGGUUUCUGGUGACCCACUAAGGAUUAGAGCUUGGGUUUGGCGACGCUUCAGCUUGAUGCUAAACAAGCACAUUUCAGAAACUAGAAAAAGGCGAUAACCCACCCAGAACCCUAAAUGGGUCUCCAGUUUCCCGGCGGAAGUUAAGAGGUUACAUUAGACUCACAUCACACUCUCAGUGAAUCUGGAUCUGAGCUGUGUUAUUUAAUAUCUGAUAGGAAGUUCUGACUCAUUUGAUGAUGCGUCAGAGCUCUUCAAAUGCAUCUGGGUUUAUAAAAACAACCGAAGAGCAGAAAAAAAAGCGUGGUCAGAUCCAAAACGGGGGCUCAGAGGGAGAAAGCUCUCUGCAGAAAAGGCUAAAUGAACACAAAUGUUGAUGGUCAUUCCAGUCCUGGAGACGGUCAGCCUUCCUGAGCUCAGUUUCAGCAACACAACCAUCUGCAGAGAGCCUCUAAUCAAGGGCCUGCUAUAAAAAUGACUCUCUGCUGUUUUGAACGAGUAAAUAGACUCUAAAGAGCUGCAUGAGCUUCAAACUCUUAACUCGCACGAUGAACUGGUCAGAUCCUUCACACACCAGACCGCCUGCGACCGGCAUCAAAUAUCACACCACUGGAUGUGUUGCCUUGUGGAAACGUGUCUCUGCUCCUUUUCUAGUUGACCGCCUUUGUUUCUGUGCCAUAAAAUGUCAAAGUCGACUGUGUGAAGCAACAAAACUGCUCGCUCUAAGCUUGUUAGAGGAUUUCUGCACCUUUAUGAUCAAACAGCCUCUAAAUUCUCUAAGAUGCUGUUUCAACACACCGUCGUUUCACUGGCGUAUCCUGGGUGGUUUACCGUUUUAAUCUCCACGCACUCCCACAGACUCGGAGUGUAAAUAAAUGCGGCGCCAUCGAGAGGCCUCGCAAGUCUCUGUGCAGCGCUGUGUUCAGCUGAAUCUCCACUUCGCACACUUCUCACAUUUGGUUCUCCAGUCCCGAUGAUUCAUCUAUAAAUUGAUGAUGAAUAUUGUGAUUUUUGAAGCUGCAGUGCAGAACACAUCCUGGUGUCAGAGUGUCGGAUUUGUUGAUUUUCUUUCUCUCGUAUGACAUUCUUGCAGAGUUAAGUCCAAAAUCCUAAUGUUCUGUGUUUCAAAUACGUGGGUCAGACAUGGAAAUCAAACAGGACAGAUGUAUCAUAUCUACCGUAGCCCUGAGAGCGCUCCACUGGUAACAAAUCUGUCAGUGUGCAGUUACUUUGGUAAAUAUGGAGAUCACGAUUAUUUAACACAAUUACUGACUGACUUUGGACAACUUUAUAUUUAAGGACAAAUACAAACAACAGCAGGCCGUCCACACCACGUAUGAACUUCUCAGAUCCAGGUUCGUUUUAUUCCGUUAACAAAAAGAUGUCUAUGACAUUAUUUUCAAUUUGAUAUUUUUUUGUGAAGACUUGAUACAAAAUAUCCAAUUUGGCUCUUUGUUCAACACUAAAGAAUACAAAUGAAAACCCCACAUCCAAUAACACCUUCAUGCUCAUCCAUCUGUAUGUUUUUCAGUAAUCCUAACAUUCAAACUGAACCAGUUAUUUAUUGUUUGUAAAAGUCAUUAUUUGAAAACAACCUUUUGAAUUUUUAAACAUAACUCAAAUUUAAAUAUAAUGAAAUAAUGAAAGUAAAGUUUAUUUCCUGGACCCAUACGGUUCCUGGUAAACACCUGUCUGAGUACUGAGUUAUAUUUUUAACACACAAACAAUUAUUUUUUUUUAUGUAACGUACCAAAAGCAUAAAACAUUUGUCCCUCAGAAAUCCUGCGGCUUCAUCGUCAUCCAUCAGUUUAUCAAAUAAAUUCUUUCUGUGUAACAUGGGACAAAGAAAAGUAACAAAUCCACACAGAGGCCACAUGCAGCACAUGGUUGGGAAUUUUGGGAAUGUUGGGAGUUUUGCAUAGAAAUUAUUACGAUUGUCCUUCAGUUUCAAAUAUUAUAAAGCAAAAUCUCCAAAUCUGCCAGCACACCUGAGAUAACAGCUUGUGACCUCACAGGUGUCCAGUUAACCAGGAUACCCAUUUCCCUUGUUUCUCAGAGAGCGUAGGGGGCGCUCAUGAGUUAUUCCAUAAUCAGUGGAGCUCUAUGUAGAUGAAGAAAAAGACCAGUUCUACUGGAGAAAGCAUUUUUCUUUGGCGAGUUUCCAUGAUGUUCUUAAAAGACGUCUUUGAGCCAACAGAUUUACUUUUAUUUAUUUUUUUAUUUUUUUAAGAGUUUUACAGUUUUGUGUUGCAGUAAAUCUGGGAAAGCUUUACAGCUUUUGAAGUGGGACGCAACCAGUAGCUUCUUAUAUACAAAUGGAAGUUUCCAUUGUUGUUAAGCUACGCUUCCCACAACCAUCGAGAAAGUACGCCCCGUCCUUAAACGACCGACGCAAAAUUUAGAAAAAAUAAAAAUCAAAGGAGAGAUAAAAGAGUCGUUUCAUAUCAAAUCUGGCAUAUUAUCAGUGUUGUGUUAGAAAUACUAAAAUAAAAAUUGGCUUUUUGUCUUUAAACGGGUGUAAAUAAACGUGUUAGCUGUUGAGCUUCAUUUACACAUAUUCAGGAUUGGCUCACGAUCGCCCCCUACUGCUCACCUGGCUGGAUUCCUGGUGGAAAUACCAGGAAGUAGACUCUUCUAGACUGGCUCUAUUUCUAAUCUUUUAGCCGGGCCUAGCUAAGCUAACUACAUUCUGGCAAUAAUUUCAUAUCCAUUAGAGACAUGAGAGAACUAUCAGUCUUAUCACACAGGAGGCAAAAACAUUAUAUUCUUGUGAGCUGUUGCAUCUGAAAUCUGUGAAAACACAACACUGAUGAUACUACACAAACACGGUACAUGAAUGAGUACAGGUACAUAUCACUACAUGUCAGCUGUUAGCUGCAAAUUCAGUCUAAUUAUUGUACUUUUAAUUCUGUAAACGCGUAAUUGAGACUUUGUUCCAGCCUGUCAGAUUAUCAGUGAUGACGUUCAGGUAGAUUUUCAGAUCAGAGAGGAUGAUUAAAUAUCAAGAUAUCAAGGUUUCUGUUAUCUUGUCACAAGGGCUGCUGUGAGCCAAUAUGACUGCAGGCACCUUUGAAGGAAGCUGGUGGUUUCAACAAUCUAAGAAAUGUUUAUCAGGGUUAAAUGUUAUGAUUUAAUAAUGUGUCAUAAUCUAACUGUUCAAUGCAAUUUUGUUAAAUAUGAGAAAAUGUCUGUUUAUUUUCAUAUUUCAUGGGAAGAUUUGGAAGAAAGUGAGUUUCAAAGGUUGGUCCUGUCGAACGAAUACAUCUGAGGGUUUUUUCUAAGCAGUGUGUGUGUGUGUGUGUGUGUGUGUGUGUGUGUGUGUGUGUGAGUGUGUGUUUGAAGAAGAGUGAAUUUGCUGGUUUGUUGGCAGUGAUUAGCCAAAGAUAACAGGGUAACUUUGGUUUGUGGACAAUCUAGAAUAUCUCUGUACCGUGUAAAAGUAUAUUUUAUAAUCAUAGUAGUUUUCUAUACUUUAUCCUUUAUUUUGCCUUGAAUAGAUUACUUCUGCUUACACCAACAUCCUGCUGUGCUAGUGUGUGUACAUACAUGUUAGCGUAAUGAGUGUUGCAUAUACAAGCGCUAAUAUUACAGUCAAAGCCUAGCAUGCUAACACCUGAUUAGCACAGAACAAGUGUUUCAUUGAUUGCCUAAACUGCUGUUUGUGCUAAAACUGUCGUCCUGUGUUUGUUUUUCUUUUUUUUGUGUGUGUGUGUGUGUGUGUGGGGGGGGGGGGUGUACAUCCUGGGCUUUUAUUUGGAUCGGACAUCUGACAGGCAGCGCUAAUAAUUAAAAUUGUUAAGCUAAAGCAGAGCCAAAAACUGGACAUGCUUGGGAUUGCUACAGGUACUUAUCUUGUGAAUUUUAAUAACAAUAAGAAUUUAAUUAAAUAUGUAAAUAAUUUGUUAAUACUUAGCUAGUGUCAAUGCCAGUUUGUCCAGAACCUCCGAGGCCGGACGAAAGUCUGUCUCCAAACUUCUUCCAGACCAAAGAGAAUCCUAAAAAGGGAAGAUAAGUUUGCUAACUGUGAUUCCUUAAAGCUUCUUGAGAUUUUGCCAACUCCAGUCAGCUGAGCUUUUGCUUUGAACAUGAACAACUUUCAAGGAAAUUUGCUCUUUCCUUUUUUUCUUGGGUUCAGAUGAUCAUCAGUGUGGAAGCCUAUCUUAGCACGGAAAAGUAAAGAAAAACCAAGUCUGGUGCUGCAGUGCCACUGGUAUAUUUACUUCUACCUUCAUAGUGCUUAUCAUGGCUGUGUGCAAUUCAUGAAGAUUUCAUAGUUUUCAAAAGAUGCUGCAUCCUUGAAAAACUCUCGGGAGGUCAAAACAAGCUACUUUGCAAAGAGUGCCAUUUAUUUUUGCCACGUUUGUUGGGCUGAAAUACCAAACGGCUGUUCAGUCAGUAAAGUCAUGAACACGUUUCUCUGAACCCUGCCAGGUCCUCCUGAAACUAGACUAAAUAAAGGACAAGUCUUCACUGUCAAAGGUAAGUACAAAAAUCUUACACUGGUUAUAGUUACAUAAUGUUGAUCCGUGGUUUUAAUUUCAGUUACAUACAUAUGUAAUGAAGUGGCAAAUAACAGAAAUAAAUAUUCCUGCUUUGACUGUGAAAUUAAAACCACAGGUUUAAUUAUGUAACUAUAACCAGUGUAAGAUUUUUGUACUUACCUUUGACAGUGAAGACUUGUCCUUUACUUAGUCUAGUUUUAGUCGACUAAACAUUAUUAGAUCAUCUUAGACUAAAUCUGAAGUUGACUAAAAUAUAAAGUGUAAAAAUGUAAAAGUUGCUGUACACAGUUUACGAAGCGUUAAAUUUACUCUUCUCUUCCUCCCAAGCUUUGACAUGUUGUCGGAGCAUGUGAGCGUAAUCCCGCCCCCCAGAUCAAACUGUGCACGUCUAACUCCGCUGCACAACAUGUAGUCACUAUUCAUCAACAAAAGUGUCAAUAAAUUUCAAUCUAGUUUUUGUCAAAAUUAACAAAAUGAACACAGACGUUGAGCCAUCUGUUUUCAGCAUGGGAUGAUCGGACACGUUAAGCUUCUAGAUUAGAAGUUGGGAGCUACUAGAAAACUCCAAACACAGACGAGCAUGUAAAUUAGAAAUUUGUGGUUUUAAUUCUUUUCUCUUCCGCGUAGUGUCAGCCAUGUUUGUCACCGAGGACAGGUUUUAGAUCAGACGCCAUGGUGCCACAGGCAGCGCACAGUCACCGCUGAACAAAAAGCAGUUCCAUCAAGAAACCAUGAGCGGGGUAACUUUAGAGGUCGUUUCAGGGUUGUUAGCGAUGUCCUGGUUCCAGUCUCAAAAAGAAAAGAGAAAUGAGCAAAUUUCCACAAAUGUUUGGCCGUUUAUUUAGUGGCUAUUGGUGAAUUCUUUUAAACACAAAGUAUGCUUCAGCACAUUUUGAGGAUUGCGGUUAGAGAGUAAAUGACCCUUCAUGUUCUUCAGGUUGUGCGAAUCUGUUCAUGCAUCUUCGCCGAUUUUGUGUGCAAUAAUCUGAGGUCGUGUUGCCAAACUUCUCACUGCAGUCUGUGGCAGGUUGAUUCUGAGGGACUGCAUCCUUCUGCACAACUGCACUGUAACGCCUGGUGCUCAGGUCGUGUCUGCGUGACGUCAGGAAGCGAGUUUAUGUGUGAUGAACUACUGACGAGACGGUGUCGAUUAUUUUUUCAGAUUGUGUUUUCAUGAACCCUGUGACCUCACAAAUGUGACAGAAAAUCUGAAUCAUGAUGUCUGUGAAACUGUUGCAGCUGUGAGAGAUUUCUGCUGGUUUGAUCGAUCACCCAGAACUCCUGUAAAGAAAUGUCAGUAAACUGUGAACAUUUAAACAUGCGUGUUGUGAGUUGUGUGUCUUUAAGUUUUAAGUGAAUAGUGUGGACAAAUGUUUUGGACGUGGCCUUUUCCUCUGGGGCGAACCAGGUUUAGACGAUAUGUUGAUGAGCUGGACCCUGCUCUCUGCUGCCCAUCUUUAUGUUUGCAGUCAAAUACAGAAACACAACUAAUUUCUUAUGAUGAGUUGCAGGUGGGAGGAGUUACGAGUUUUCCAAUUCUUCCUAAAUGGGAACCUAUCCGGUCUUUAAGUGAUGACGUGAUGAAUCCUGCUUCCGGGCCCAAAGUAGUCUGCAUUUAAUACGGCUGUUGUGUUUUUAACAUGUUUUAAUGUUUUUUAUCUUGUUCUAUUUAAUCUCAACAAGCCUCUAAAAACAGUCAGUGAUCACAGUCGGCCUCUCUAGGUUUUUAUUACCGAUGUAACUACAGCCCAGCCCAUGCAGCAGUAUAUUAAUGACUAACCUCGUAUUGUGGAUGGAU